AUGCUAUAUACAGUCUCUCACAAACGUGAUGAUUUGAACAAAGCUAUUGCAGCUCACAACUUAACCGAUGUGCAACGACUGGCCGAUGUAGAAGCAGAUAAAUGUAAAGGGACGAAACUUAGCAAUUCUCAGACAACUAAUGGUCUGCUUCGAGGGGUUCUCCUAAGCGGUACUGGCAGCCUUCAGCAUGGCUGCAAAGAAAGAGCACUGGGGCAUGGCUCGGGCUCUUUUGGGGCACAAGUCGACGACAUCAAAACAAACGCUAUGCUAUAUACUGCAUCUAUUGGGGAUCAUUUGUCCAUUCCAAAUUUCCUGGAAUUCAACCUAGAUGUGAAUACACAUUGGCAGGGAACGACAGCACUUAUUUGCGCUGCAAAGCUUGGUCAUGUGAGGUAUGUCGCGGUUCUCUUGGAGAACGGGCCAAAUGUCAACGUGGAUAGCGGCGACUACGAUUUCGGCACAGCACUGAAGGCCGCAAUAAGUGAUUAUGAAGACACUUUCGAUUAA